CCUCAUACAGUCUCAGAGUCAGAGGUUUAUUACACUGCUCAUAUUCGCCAUUAUAACUCCUCUCUCUCAAGCAUGGAUCUGUAAUUUGGUUCUUUUCUUUUUCUUCACCUUAUUUAUCUCUGUACUGUAAACACUGCCCUCGGAAGGACGACUAGGGUUUCAGAAGCAGUGAUGUCAGCUGAACCAUCAGCUUGUCUACACAACUGAAAUUUAAAAGAAACAAGUAUGUUCCAGCAUCGUUGAUGGACAGAACAUUCUGUGUAAAAGUGUUAGUUUCUGAUGCACAGCGCUCCCUCCAGACCACGCACAGACAGUGCAAUGAACAGAGAACUGAUCAGAAUUUUUUCUGUUUAUUGUGUGAUGGAUAUUUGUUUCUUAUAGACAAAGUUUCACACAGAAGGGAAUUAUACUCAAAAACAAAUUGGACAGAAUGGAGCUAGUGUAAGAUUUAAAAGUCUUGUGUAGAGUGUGAAGGCUCCUUGAUUCUGAUGAUGGGCUGCGUGGAUCUGGUUGGAGCUGAAGCUCCUCUUGAAGCCUGUAGGUUACUCACAUUGCACAGAGAGGUUUUAGUGGAACAGAUAAAAAAUACACAGUGCAUUUUAGACAAUCUGAAGAUAAAUGGCUUCCUCUGCAAUGAAGACACAGAGAUCAUCCAGCGUUCAGCCACUAAAACAGAGCAGGUACGUAAAAUCUUGGAGUUGGUGCAGUGUAAAGGCGAAGAGGCCUCUGCGUAUUUUAUUAACAUCCUGCACCAGGCAUAUGAUGCAUUCAUCGACCUUCGGCCUUGGUUUGACACAAUUCACUACAAACCUGCUGAGAGUGUGAAGGACAUACCUGUGAUUAACACCGACCCCAUUAGCAGAUACAGUGAGAAACUCAGGCAGGAACUCAGCAGAGAUACUCAGUUCCUCACUUCAUAUUCUCAGAAAGAGGAGACGCGACUGGAGGAGCUGUACACAGACACACAGAUGGAAAUUCUCAGUGAGCUAGGAGAGAGUCUGGGCUUCCUGAAGAGUCUGGAUGAAAUUCUGUGUGAAUACGGUGUGUUUAACGAGCAGGCUGAAACCAUCUUAAUCACAGGUGAUGCUGGAGUAGGAAAAUCCAUUCUGCUCCAGAAACUCCAGAACCUGUGGUCCAAAAGAGAGCUGAACACCAGAGCAAAAUUUCUCUUUAAAUUCAGAUGCAGGAUGUUCAGCACCUUUAAGGAGACUGAUGAGAUCUCAGUGAAGGACCUGAUAUUCAAAUAUAACUGUUAUCCAGAUGGAGACCCGGACAGUGAGGUGUUCAGCUACAUCCUACGAUUUCCAGAGUCUAUACUGUUCACGUUUGAUGGAUAUGAUGAAAUCCAGAUGAACUUUGAUUUAGAAAACAUGCCAGAGGUGGUUUCUCCUGAGGAAAAAUCACACCCGCUUUUAGUUCUCAUAAACCUGCUGAGAGGAAAAUUGCUCAGUGGAUCCCAGAAAAUUUUAACGGCUCGAACUGGCACAGAAAUCCAGAGCAGAGUGAUCCGGAAGAAAGUGUUUCUGAGAGGUUUCUCACCAGAACAUCUCAGACAAUACAUGACUCAUCAUUUCCCUGUGCAGGAGCAGAGGGACAUGGUGUCUCUUCAGCUGGACGCAAACCCCCACCUCUGUGGUCUCUGCUCUUUCCCAUUAUUCAGUUGGAUUAUUUUCAAGAGCUUUAAGCACCUUCAGUGUGUGUAUGAAGAUGUUGAGCUGCCGGACUCCUGCAUUACUCUUACUAACGUCUUCCUCCUGCUAUCGGAGGUGUUCUUAAGCCGGAGCAGUAAGAGUGCUGGACCCCUGAGGAGAAGCACACGCUGUCCCACAGAUGCAUUUAAAUCAGGGCUGAAGAUGCUCUCUGCUUUUGCUAAGCUUGCACUGCUGGGUCUGGAAAAGAGCAGCUUCACGUUCACCCAUAAUGAGAUUUCAUCCUGUGGCCUGAGUGAUGAUGACAUUCAGGUCGGAUUUUUGAGACCCGUCAGUCACUACGACGCAUGUGGCACUUCAGCAGCAUACGAGUUCCUCCAUGUCACACUGCAGGCAUUCCUGGCUGCAUUUUCUCUUGUCUUGGAUCCACAUGUCAUUCCCGAUGAGAUCCUGAGGUUCUUUUCCAAGUGUGAGUACCAUCAAUCAUCCCAUAUGACUUUCCUCUCCUGUUUGGGAAUGUCGUCUCAUCUGAGGAAUUCAGAUCCCUUUCAGACGAAUGAGCACUUUCAGUUCACAAACCUGUUCCUGUGUGGUCUGCUGUCCAAAUCCAACGCUGUCCUCCUGGAGCAUCUCGUCCCUCCAGCAUCACUGCAGAAAAAGCGAAAGGCUUUGAAGUCCUACCUUUCUACCAGCAUAAAAACGCAUUUGAGCGGCUUGCCUCGCCACCCAAGCACCGACAUAAAGGGAAAUAAAGUGCAUGUGAUGCCAAACUUCCUGUGGAUGUUGCGCUGUAUAUUUGAGACACACAGCGAGGACGUGGCUCGUCUGACAGCUAAAGGAAUCUCAGCAGAUUACCUCAAACUGGCAUACUGUAACAUCUACUCAGCCGACUGCAGCGCACUCAACUUUGUCCUUCAUCACCACAGGAAGCAUCUAGCAGUCGAUCUGGACAACAACAACAUUAAUGACUAUGGUGUGAAGCAGCUUACUCCUUCGUUCAGCAAAAUGACUGUAGUCAGGUUAUGUGUGAAUCAGCUGACUGACAGUAGUGUGGAGGUUUUGGCCGAAGAACUUAUCAAACACAAAAUCAUUAAGGUUUUGGGACUUUACAAGAAUCACAUAACAGACGUUGGAGCCAAACGGAUAGCACAGAUAAUCGCAGAGUGUCCUCACCUCAGAACCGUCAAGCUCGGCUAUAAUCAUAUCACAGCAGUCGGUGCAACAUUUCUUGCUGAAGCUAUUCGGAAAAGCAAAUCGAUCUUUGACGUUGGCAUGUGGGGGAACAGCAUCGGAGAUGACGGAGCUCACGCUUUCGCUGAGGCAAUAAAGAACCACAGCAGCUUAACGAAUCUCAGUCUGUCGGCAAACGGGAUCACGUCUGAGGGAGGAACAAGUUUAGCGAGAGCACUAACGCUAAAUUCCAGCCUUCACAUCUUUUGGCUGAUUCAAAACAAGAUCUCAGACAAUGCAGCAGUGGAGCUAGCCAACGCAUUUCAGAAGAAUUCAGCACUCACACACCUCAUGUUAAUCGACAAUCAGUUUUCUGCUCGUGGAGUUGAGCAGCUCGCCGAAGGUCUGAAACACAACAGAAUAAUUAAAGAAGUCAAUUUAAAGGGGAAUCAGAUCAGUAAAGAGGACGAGACCCGCUUCAGUGAGGAGAAAAGACUUCGAUUCUGCUGAGACGAUUCUGCUACAUGUUUUAAUCUACAUUAUAAGUGUAGCAGAAUGUUGGCUCUAAGCAUUGUGCCCUUUGGUCAAGUUCUGUGGUGGUCAGAUGAUGAUAUAAAGUUUACAAAGCUACUGAUAAAACUGUGCAGUAGCUGAACUGAAUGUACAUGUGACACAGUAGCAAUGUGAAGUGUAUAUAUUAAGACUAAGAAGUGUCUUUGUUUACAUCGUCCUCUAUGUCCUUGUACAGAAAAGAAAAUUGAAACUAAAUGUCUUACUGCAUUGAAAUACUUUAUUUCAGUUAAAACAACAGUGAACAUUUACAGAUGGACAUAACAGUAAUGACAUCACACAGUUUAUACAGCUUAUAAGGAGGUGUAGCAUGGGGCAAACCCUUAAGAGAAAAGAUAUGGGCAAAUUCAUUAUGAGUACAUAAUAUUUAUCUCCAUGAGAUAUUCAAGACAUCUCACACAUACUCAGUACUCUGUGUGAGAGAAAAUGAAAGUUCUAACUUAACUUCAUGUUGAUGUGUUUUUAUAUUAUUUCAGUUCUCUGUUUUCUUGCUGAUUGUGAGUGUAACGGAUGUGACGAUGCCUUUUGGGAUCAUGUUAUGGGAUGAAUGUUGGAUUUUCCCUGACAUGCCAUAUAAGAAGACUGCAGUUUACUUUGGUUUUUUUUUUCCUCUGUCUUUGUGUGUUUUUCUAAUCAUAUAUUCAUUUUGGAACUGAAAUAAUAACAAUUUUAUUGCUCCUGUUGACAGAAGAACAUUUUAAACAAAUCUGUACAGCAAAGCAUUCUGGGUAAAUGAGUACGCCCUUAAAGUCCACAAUGCCCAUUUAGCUUACUCUAUUAAGCUAAUAAAGAGAUAAGAACACAAUCACAGGGAAGCGAAGACGUGAGCAUUAGAACCCUCACUGAAACCUGCACUACAGUAGUAUUUUUUUGCUGUUAGCUCACAUUUCUUCAGGAAGUCGUGUUCUACAGAGCAAGAGUUUGGAAGCUGUGCUGAGUUUGUAAAGAGUGAGAUGUUACUGUGACUGACCAGCUAUCUGCUUCCUGUUUACUCCUAAAUUAAGCAUACUGAGGGGUGUAUGAGACAGUAGUUUACUCUGUGUGUGUGUGUGUACUCUGUCUGUAAUGUUUUUUUACUGUGUGUGGAGGUUUGUUGUAUUGAGUAUGUGUGUUUACUGUAUGCAUUAAUCUUUAUGGUAAAAUGACAAUAAUACACAAAGUAAUUAAUUGCAUUCGUGCACACACACACACACACACACACACACACACACACACACACACACAGAGAGUGCUGGAUGUUUCAUUGCUGUUCUUACUGUAUUGUUUUAUUACUGUAUAUCUUAUAACCUCUAAUAAGUGUGUGUGUUGUGCACUUCACAUAGCUCCACACACAGCUCUGAAACACAGGAAGCUCUCGAUUAAACACACACAAACACAACAAA